AUGAAUUCAAAUUUUAAGAACGAGGAGUGGGAGAUGGAACGCAAUGGACUAAAAAAGCUCUUGGGCAGAUCCCUGAAGGAGCCUAUUCUGGGCAAGCAUUUUUCCCUGCCUGGCCGAACAGGACAGCCCCAACCCAUCGAACUGGACACCAGCCAAAGCUACAUUGCCGUCUACACUCAUCUCAAGGUGCACGCCACCGGAAUGCCGGACAGAUUGCCCACGCCAGAGGCUAUUGGACGCGUACAGGCGGAGAGCAUGGAGGGCAAAUCUAGGACUCGAACUUCCAAGGCCCGCGGAGAUCCCUGUUCAACUUUAACUUGA